AUGGAUUCAGAGGAAAUUUCCAAAUUAUGUGAUAGGUUGCGGCUGGAUUUGGAAGAACCCCCUAUUCCCGUGGCACAACAAGACUCGGCCGUCGGGCUAGCAAAAUUAGCAACGAGUUUGGUGGGGAAGGUAAUAGGGUGUAAAAAUUCUAACAAGGAGGGGCUUGAAUCAGUUCUUCGGACCAUUUGGAAGACGAAGUCUUCAUUCCAGAUCGAAUCUAAAGGGAUUAAUAACAUCUUCUGGUUCCACUUUGGGUCGGAAGAGGAUCGUAAUUUUGUCUUUAAUGGUGGGCCUUGGUUGUUUAAUAAACAAGUAAUCUCGUUGAUAAAACCGAAAGGGGCUGGGGCUAUUAGUGCCAUGGAUUUCCAUAUUGUUCCAUUCUGGGUGCAGCUCAUUAAUCUCCUGUUGGUUUGUCACACUGAUCACUGUGUUCGUCUAGUGGGACAACAAUUGGGAGAGGUUAUUGAUGUUGAUUGCGAGGGUAUCAUGCCAAGAGUCAAAGUUAAAAUUGAUAUUUCCAAGCCACUUCGACGGGGUCUUCGAGUUUAUCUGGAGGCUAUGAAGGAAGAAUUCACUAUACCUGUCCAAUACGAGAAGCUCCCGGAUUUUUGCUUCAUUUGUGGCUUAAUUGGGCACAGAAUGUGCGAAUGUCCAACAAGGUCCGAGGGUCAUUCCUAUGAAUCCACCCGUAAGUAUGGAGACUGGUUGCGCGCCAUUCCUCUCAUGGUUCGAAAAAGGCAAGGGAGGACAAAUUCAUUUUCAUCAAAAGCAGAUAGUCCCCAACACUCAAGUGAUCCUAGUGUUAGCAAAGGUGAUGGCGAACAACAUUUCUGUCCAACCGACGCAUAUCCAGAAAAGGGCAAAGAAUCCGAGAAUAGUCAGGAUUUUCGUAAUUCUUCCAGUAGGCAGGAGAAACAGAUCAAUGACCAACAGAUUAAUGACAUAAUUCUUACUGGACAGUAUGAGGGUCUUAGAGGAGCAAAGAACUCGGAUAUGGCUCAGCCCACGGUCGACACCAUUGCAUCGCAGUCUCUUUCGAAUAAUAAACUUAAGGGCAGUCAACAGAAAAGGUGGAAAAGAAAAAUGAUUCCAAAAAUGUUAGACUCUCCAAUUGGUGGCACUAGUAAACGGGCCAAGAUAGGGGAUGACAAAAGAAUGCUGGAUAACUGUUAUUCCGAUCUUGAAGCGGCGACCUCUGCGGAGCAGAGGCGCCAAUCGCAAUGA